AUGGGGGUUGGUUCUCCAGGUGAUACCGCUGUUGUUUCUCCACCUCCUCCUGAGCAGCCUCAGUCAGAGGAAGAGACAUCUGAUGAUGGUGAUUCGUUUGUCUUGGUACCUGAGAACCCAUUGCCUGCUCCUGUUCAGGCCGAAGUAGUGGCUCAAACCACUCCUCAGCAGCUGGUUCCAUCACCUGACUCCAUCUCCAUUGUGCCACCUUCGGUUGUGGACCCAGUGGCAGGUGCUGAGUCUUUGGUGGUGGAUUGGUGUCCUGGUGGUGGUGUCCCUUUUUUUCUGUUGGGUAAGUUUGACAUGCGAGAUAUGUUUAAGGAAGGAGACAUUAUGAUAGGUGGAAUUUUUCCGAUAUUUAACAAACAGCAGAAUAUACUUGCUUCAUUUGAAAACAAACCUCCUGAAGCUGAAUGUAAAGGAUUUGACUUACGAGCAUUUCGCUGGACUAGAACCAUGAUAUUUGCAAUUGAAGAAAUAAAUAGAGAUGAUAAUUUGCUUCCUAACAUCACUUUAGGGUAUAAAAUUUUAGAUUCUUGUGCUUCUCCUACUAAUGUUUUGCGAGCAGCCCUCACUCUGGUGAGCAUGUCAGGGAAAAGUAAAACUUCCUCGCAAUGUUUUCCACCUCCCCUCUCAGCUGUUGUAGCUGAAUCAGGAUCUACCCAGUCAUUAGUUGUGGCUGGGGCACUUGGACCAUUCAGAGUACCAGUGGUGAGUUACUUUUCAACAUGUGCAUGUUUAAGUGACAAAAAUAAAUAUCCUACAUUUUUUCGAACAAUACCAAGCGACUAUUACCAGACAAAAGCUUUGGCUUUCCUUGUCAAACGGUUUGGAUGGACAUGGAUUGGAGUUAUACAAUCUGACAAUGAUUAUGGACAAAAUGGGAUAUCAGCAUUCUCAAAAGAAGUGCAGGCGCUUGGUGUUUGCAUUUCAUUUGUUGGCACAGUUCUGCGUACAUAUCCCCAAAGUAAAAUUCUUGAAGUUGUGGAACUGAUAAAACAUUCAACUGUCAAAGUAAUUCUUGCAUUUGUGCCAGAGGGAGAUCUCUAUCCUUUAAUGAGAGAAGUGGUAAAACAGAACAUUACAGGAAUACAGUGGAUUGCAAGUGAAGCCUGGAUAACUGCAGACAGACCAUCCACUCCAGAAAUGUUCCAAUCCUUUGGAGGAACAAUAGGAUUUGUGGUUCGAAAGAUGGCCAUACCUAAACUGGGACCAGUUCUCAAGGAUAUCAGCCCUUAUUAUGCAUCAGGGUCUAGUUUUCUCAGUGAUUUCUGGGAAACAGUUGUGGGCUGUAGGCCUCCAUCUUCAGUAAAUGGUUUACAAAAUCACACAAAAAUAUGCUCAGGAGCAGAAACAGUGAAUUAUACAAACAAAUUCUUUGAUGUCACUCAGCUUAGAGUGGCAUAUAAUGUCUAUCAAGCAGUGUAUGCAAUUGCACAUGCAUUACACCAUGUGAUAUUUUGUGAAAAGCCUGAGAGAGAUGUCUCAAAACUGUGUCGUUCUGUGUUACAGAUAACCCCAAAACUGGUAAGUGAAGAGUUAAAAAAAGUUAAUUUUGUGGAUACAUUUGGAGAGGUGGUAUUCUUCGACAAGAAGGGAGACCCCCCUGCUUCAUAUGAAAUUAUAAACUGGCAGCUGAGAGAAGGAAAAGUGAAUCAUAUUGCAGUUGGCCAUUUCAGGACCUCUGCAAAUGGAAAAUAUGAACUUGUGAUUAAUGAAGACAGGAUUGUCUGGAGAACAGGAAAAUUGACACCAAGAGCUGUUUGCUCAGAAAUCUGUCCACAAGGCACAAGGAAAGCACAAAUCAAAGGAUUGCCUCCGUGCUGUUUUGACUGUAUCCCAUGUGCUGAUGGCUCUAUAUCAAAUACAACAGGAGCAGCAGAUUGCAUCACCUGCCCUGAAGAGUACUGGUCUAAUGAAAGAAAAGACAGCUGCAUCAUGAAAAAAAUAGAGUUUCUUUCGUACACAGAAACAAUGGGGAUUGUUCUAAUAAUGGUGUCAUUAUUUGGUGCCUGUUUAACAUUUUCUACUAUGGUGGUAUUCAUACACUUUAGAGACACACCAAUAGUAAAAGCAAAUAAUUCAGAGCUGAGCUUACUUUUACUUCUUUCCCUUAUAUUUUGCUUCCUCUGUCCUCUCACGUUCAUUGGCGAGCCUACAGUUUGGUCCUGCAUGUUGCGUCAUAUAGCAUUUGGUAUCGCCUUUGCCCUCUGCAUUUCCUGUAUCUUGGGGAAAACUAUAGUUGUGGUAACUGUCUUCAGAGCAACAUUACCUGGGAACAAUGUGGCAGGAAAGUUUGGGCCACUUCAACAAAGGUUGAUUGUGUGUUCAUGCACUGCAGUUCAAAUAGUUACUUGUAUUAUUUGGCUAUGUGUUGCACCACCAUUCCCUGGUAAAGUGUCUGAGCAACACAGUAAAAAAAUAAUUUUAGAAUGUAACACAGGUUCAGAUGUUGCAUUUUGUGCAGUUCUAGGAUACAUUGGUUUUCUUGCUGUUAUUUGUUUGGUCCUAGCCUUUUUAGCCAGAAAGCUGCCUGAUAAUUUUAAUGAAGCCAAAUUCAUCACAUUUAGUAUGCUUAUAUUCUGUGCAGUUUGGAUCACCUUUAUUCCAGCUUAUGUCAGCUCUCCUGGAAAGUAUACAGUAGCUGUAGAAAUAUUUGCAAUUUUGUCAUCUGCCUUUGGCCUACUUUUAUGCAUUUUUGCACCAAAGUGUUAUAUAAUUUUAAUCAAACCAGAAAGAAACACAAGAAAACAUGUAAUGGGGAAAAAUCCAAAAGUUACUUAA